AUGACAUAGUUGCCAAAACUUAUCUAAGAGAACAUAUUAUUUGAAUGCAGAGGUAAAUUAUAAAUAUUUAUGAAGAGUUAAAGUAACAUUAAUCAGAUAAUAUCAUUUUUGAUAAGACCAUGAAAAGUAUAAAAAUAAAUUAAUAUAGAGGUUUCGUUUUAAAAGUUGGUCCUACAAAUUUAUAUACUUAUAACAAUUCUUAAGAAUUAAAUAUAAGGGGUUCUAAUUUAUACAUAUAAAUAUAUGUGAUUGAAAAAUUAAAAUUCAUUCUUGAACUUAUUUCUAAAGAUCAAGUAUAGAUAUUUAUAAUUUAUACAGUCAUAUAAGAUAAUUGUAGGCCCUAAUUUUCAAUAAGCAUACACAAAAAAUAAAAAUGAAGUGAAAAUAUCAAGUGCAUUCAUUUUAACAAAAAAAUGGAUUAUUUUAGGAUUUGAUAUAGAUAGUUUUUUUAAGGUUGGAGAGAUGUAAGUUAAGAUGCUCAGUAUUUAAACUCUAUGUAGAUUGAAAAAGAUUUAUGAAUCUAAUAUAAUGAAUAAAUUAAAGUAAUAAUAAUAAUAUAUAACAAAGUGAUGGUUAAUGUAUUAUUUAGAAGAUUUGUGAAAAAAGAAUUUUGGAAUUAUUACCUAUAAGUAAUAGAGCUUAAUCAGAAAAAUUAGAAAUUAGAAAAAAUUAAAUAACUAAUUAACUUCGAAGACUAUCUGGUGUGUCUAAUUCUUAAGAAAGAAAUAUAUAGAGUUAAUCAGAUAAAAAAUCCUUUUAGCCAAAAUAAAUUAAUAUGAAUUUUUAAGAACAAACUAAACCAACUAAUCAAAAUGUAUUAAAAGUAAAGUCUACAUCAUAUACUUAACAUUAGAGAAAAACUAUUUAAUUAUAAAAUACCAAAAAUCCAUCUAAUAUAAAUAAAAAUUAAUUUUAAACAAAAUAACUUAUAUUAGAAGAUAAUAAUACUAUUAUUAAUUCAAUUCAAGAACAAUAAUAAUAACCAUAAUAAAUAUUAUAAUCUCAAUCUAAUAGAUCAAAAAAGUUACCAUAAAUGGGAGUUACUCUUACUAAGUAAUAUUCUUAAGAAUGUCUAUUGGAGAAGACAAUUAAAUUAGCUACAGGAUUAUAAGUAAUUGAAGAAGUUGCUUCCACUAAACCACCUAUUCAUUAAAAAUCAAAUUCAACUAAAUAAAGCACAUAAAUAUAAUUAUAGAAAAAAGCAGUUUAAAGUUUUCUUAGGCAUAAUCAAGAGUUUUAAAAUGGAAGUAAUUAUACUCAUGAUCCUUUUGAUGAAUAAAAAAUAGAUAAUGAUUAAAAACAUAAACAAUCUUAAAUUAGUUCUGGUAUUAAGGAUUUGUAUUAUGAAUGUGACAAUUCUGAAUAUUAAACAAAAUAUGGUAAAUUUUCCAAUACUUUUACACGACCUUUGGGAUUAUCAUCUUAUAAUCAUAAAUUAGUGUCUCAACAAUCUACUAAUUAGAAUCAAGGAAGUACAAAUGAGUAUUUUUACUUAAGUAGUUAAUAAAUAGAAUAAAAUUAUAGUGUUAAUUAAACUGCAAAUGAAAUUGAAGAAUAAAUAGAAGCACCAGAAAUAAAAAGUAAAAUGACAGAAGAAAGUUUUAUAUCUAUAAAUGGUCUAUAAAUUAAGUAAGAAGAUAGUUAAGAGGAACUUGCAGUCUCAAAGUUUGAAUGA